GCUCUGCUCAUUUACAUCAAGGAUCCAAAUUUUUAUUCAAGAACAACUACUGUACACAACUUUUAUGUUUCUUUCAAUUAUUCAAAUUUCUAACGUAAAUUUGAGAUCUAAAGCAAUACUGCAAAUUUAUUUCGUCAAAUAGCCAAUAGUUUUACUUAUUGUUUUAAAAUUAAUUGCUUUUAAUGCUUACAAAUAAUUUAACGAAAUAAUUGUAACAACUAUCUCCUAGUUUACUACUACCUAGUUUACCCUAGUAUAAUUUUGAAAAUGUCCAGUGAUAAACCAACACAGCAUACUUGUGUUCUGUGUAAUAAAAACCUGGAAACAAAAGAAGCAUUGAAGGAGCACUUUCGAAAACAUGCCAACAAGGAAAUCGAUUCAAAAGGCAAUCCGUCUGGUGUCAAGAUCAAGAUGCCAGAAAACAAUGGUGUCUAUGUGAAAGGUAGCGCUUCAAAAUUUGUGAAAGAGGACUUAAUUUGCGAUGACUGUGGAGAAGUGUUCAAGUGCAACACUCAGGCCAUUCAGCACAAGUUCAAAAAGCACCCAAACAGCUUAGCUAAGCACUUCUGUCCCGAAUGUGGCAAACAGUUUCCUCUCAAGAUGCACAGAGAUCUGCAUUUGGCAAGCCACAAAAUAUUCAAUCAUCAAUCGCCGAAUUUAUUACACCGUUGCGCCUACUGCAAUAUCGAUUUCUUCAAUCUGGCUGCUUACGAAUAUCACUACAAUUCGUUGCACAAGAAGCUAGUGUCAAUAUUUACACCAACGACCACCCCGCCACCAAGCAAGAAGAUACGAUUCAACAACGCGGGUGACCCGCAGUCCGUUUACUACUGUCACCUCUGUGGAUCAGAGUACAUAGUCAAGUUCAACCUGCAGAAACACCUGGAGAAGCAGCACACUGAAGAGGAGCGGAACGCGUGUCCCCCGGAAGACAUGUUGGUGAAAUGCAAGACAUGUGAUGCGCUGUUUUUCAACGAGCGCGCAUUCACCAAUCACAACAUGUAUCAUCGGCCUGACGACCUCUACAUCCUCAACGAGGCACAGCGGCUGCAGACGGUGAAGCGAGUCGACCAGGACUUCGACAUACGCCGUGUGCAGACGCCCCUCGAAAAGUACAUUCCCACGUCCGUCGGUGGUAAGCGCGGACCCAAGGUCAGGCGCAACCGUUACCUGCCGCCGAAAAGGUUGAAAGAGGAGGACUCUGAAUCAGAACUCUCCCCGCCAUCCGAGGGUGAUUCCAGCGAUGAAUCCGACUGUGACAAUAUCAAAAAUAAACUUCGUUCCAGUCGCGGUAAUAGUUCUAAUAGUAAUUCCUCCAACUUCUUGUUCAAUACGAAUAAAGUCACUCACAAUAUUUUACAACAUUAGGUCUUUCAAUGUUUUAUUAUAUUUCUGUAAUCUUACUACGUGUAUAAUCUGGUGAGCAUAACAUCUCUUAACAUCUAUAUUAUUCUUAACCUUCCGGUAGUCGUGCCCUACUCAAUCACACAAGCAGUCGCGUGUUGGAAUUUUUACAGCAUCCAAUUUUCCAAGUGUUAUGUGAUAGCCACCUCUAAUACAAGGCCCCGGCCUACGAU